CCCCCUCCUCCCCAGCGUUCGCCAUCUAUAUCUCUAUCUCCGUACCUCAAUUCUUCUCUCUCUCUCACACACCGUCUCCCUGCCCACGCCUCUCGGCUGCCUCUCUCUCUCUCUCUCGCUCGCUCACACGCUCCACACACAAAGCAGGGACCAGCGGGAGGCCCCGGGGCACAGCGGCGGAAGACGUCGGGCAUGGAAUGGAACCUCAGAAGGAUGGACAACGAGCUCAGGGAGAUCAACCCAGACCUGCUGCAGCCCAGCAAGAGCUUCAAGAAGCCCUCGGCGGGCACCUUCACGCUUAACGUGGGGGGCUACCUGUACUCUGCCCAGAGGCAGACCCUGCUCCGCCACCCGGGCUCCCUCCUGGAGGAGGUGGCGUGCGGGAAGAAGCCGGUCCAGCACGUGGACGGCACGGGCAACACCUUCCUGGACCGCGACGGGCCCGUGUUCCGGCACGUCCUCAACUUCCUGCGCAUGGGCGAGCUGGUGCUCCCGGACGACUUCAAGGAGUCGGAGCUCCUGCGCCGGGAGGCUGAGUUCUACCGGCUGGGCGAGCUGGUGCGAGCCGUGGAGGACUGGGAGCUGAGGCGGGCCUCCCUGAAGGAGCCGGCUCUCCUGGAGCUCACCGACAACUCGGAGCGUUCGCAGGGGUUCCGCAUCUACUGCAGCGACGCCGGCUUCAUCGACAAGGUCAAGGGCCGCCUGGUGCAGGUCUCCAAGAGCCGGCUGGACGGCUUCCCCGAGGAGUUCGAGGUGUCGUCCAACGCCGUCCAGUUCCGCCACUUCAUCAAGUCGGAGAUGGGCUCCCGGCUGGUGCUGAAGGAGGACAACACCUUCCUGUGCACGCUGGACUGCCUGAAGCUGGAGACCAUCAUGAUGGCCCUCAAGGGCGGCUACCGUCUCGUCACCAGCCUGGACAGCUGCCGCGGGUCUGUCCUGCAGAGCGAAGCCCUGCACUUCGUCAAGUGACCCGGCCCUAACCUCCCCCAGCCCUGACCGAACGCCCUUCCCUCACCGGAACUCCCUCGUCGGGAACGACUCUUUCGGCGACUCGGGGUACACCUUUUCCGCGUUGUGUUUCUUCUUUUAACCGAAAGGCCGGCGUCGCAGUGUGAGCCACGUAUAUAUCGGCAGUGUGCGCGUCUCGCCUGUGUUUAGAUUCGGUGUUUGGUUACUUACCGUCAGGUUCUCAGCUGCUUUUUGAAAAAGGAGAGAUGUUAGAUGUGCCAAUGCCUGAGGAGCAUCUCAGAAUUUUCACACUGCAUUUACAAUGCUCGUGCACUCUGUGCCGCGGUCCAUAUUUAUCCAAUGAUUUCAUAGAAAGGCAUGAAAUUGCAUAUGGAAAACCUGAUGUGCUCUUUCAAAGGUGAAACCGAUAUAAUAAGCACACAACUAGACUAACCUGCUGUAAAAGUCGCAUCUGUAGUUAAAGGGGUUAACAAAUUGGAUUGCUUUAUGAAUUGCAUGUAUAAAUGUGAGAAUUACUGCAUUUGAAGCUAUAUUGCAAUUUGUAUGUGUAAAGUGUCCCUCAAUUUGUGUAUUACUUGACUUGUGGCUUUACCAUAAAAUAAAAUGCCAUUGAUACAGGUA